AGUUUAGAGUAUAAAUAGCCGGCGUAUCUGGUCAAACAGCAUCAAAACAUCAAGUGCAAUUGUUUCAAUAACAACAACCAAAACCCCAAAAAACUACCAAAAUGUUCAAGCUGCUCGCUGUCUUCUUCGCCGCUCUCUUCGCUGUUGCCCUCGCCGUGCCAGCACCAGCUCCAGCUCCCCGUGCCGCCCCCGUUCCCGUGCCCAUCGCCAGCCCUGAGCCAGCCCCACAGUUCUACUAUGGUGCCAGCCCCUAUGCUUACUCUGCAUACUCUGCCUACUCGCCAUACUCGUAUUACGGCUAAGUGCUAACGGCUUAUUCUCACUACGACUAACUAAAGGCAAUUACCAACACUGUGACUGUGACCCGCAAAUGGAUUCGUGAUAAUGGACAUGGAAACAAACGCGCGCUGGCAAUUCUAAUUAGGAUUUUUAGUAAUAAAUGCUUAUGAAAAAUGCAAAAAAAAAUCAAUAAAAUGUGUUUAAAACUUUAAA